GGGUAGGUGGGCAGUCGUGCGUUAAAGAAUAACCUGGUCCCGGGAAGCCCGCCAAGGAGACGCGGCCCCUUCCCCGGAUCUGGCAACUCCGCGCGCGGGCACACCCGCGAGUAAGCCGGCCCUCCCCGGCGGCGGGGUCCCGCUGGCACCGGGAGCUCCGCAGGGGCGAGGGGCCGGCGGGGGCUCGAGGUGCCGCGCGAGCCGGGCCCUUUCCCCAGGCCGCGCGGGAGCGGCCGGCUCGGGGGCCGGGCCUCGGAGCACAAGCCAAUGGGAGCGCGGCUGGCCCCGGCGGCCGGCCGCCUCGGAAUGUUGAUACAGCGCGAGAGCCAAUGGGCGUGCGCCGGGGGCGGGGCCGCGGGGCGGGGCGCGCGAGCCGCGCGAAGGGGGCGUGGCCGGCCGGCAGCCUCCCGGCCGCGCGGCGCGGGCGGCGGCCGAUUGAGGGCGGGGGUCGGCGGCCCGGCCAGCCCGGCCCGGCCCGGCCCGGGGCCGUGUCCUGAGCGUCCGCCCUCGCCGCUGCAGCCUCGGCACCCGGCCGGCCGGCCAUGGAGGCCGAGCGCUCUCCGGUGCCCGUUCCGGGUUGCGGGCGCCCCCCGCCCCGUGCCGCCGGCCGGGACCCCGCGGCCUCGCCCAUGUCGGUGCCCGCGCCGCCGCAGGGCCCUGCCGUGGGCGGCGGCUUUGCGGGCUUGGAGUUCGCGCUGCCUCAGGAGCCAGAGCCGCGGGCGGCGGACCUGGGGGUCCCGGGGACGUGGGCGGGGGCGGGAGGAGCGGCGGGGCCCCCGACGCCGUCGGCGCACAUCCCGGUGCCAGCGCAGAGGUGAGCCAGGGUCCCGCGCGCCAGGCCGAGAGACCCCCCAGGAAAAUCCCGGCUGGACGAGGUCAUGGCUGCGGCAGCCCUCACCAGUCUGUCCACCAGCACCCUCCUUCUGGGGGCCCCAGCUGCAGCCUGUAGCCCAGAGCCUGGCUUGGAGCCCUGGAAGGAGGCCCUGGUGCGGCCACUGGGCAGCUGCAGCAGCAGCGGAGACUGGGGCUGGGACCUGGCCAGUGACCGGUCCUCUCCGUCUAUCCCUUCACCCCCACUGCCCUCCGAGGCAGCCCAUUUCCUAUUCGGGGAACCUGCCCCAAAGAAGAGAAAGCAGGCGGCAGGCAGAGCCUGAGCAGAGCGACGGGGAGGAGGACUUCUACUACACAGAGCUGGACGUCGGCAUGGAUGUGCUGACAGACGGGCGGCCCGGCCUCUCGCCGGCGUCCCCCGCGGCCUCCGUGCCCCCCGCCUCGCCCCGCCUGGAGCUGCCAGAGCCUCGGACCCUGUCCGGCCUGCUGCACCCGCUGGCCCUGCCCCCAGUUCCGGUGCUGAGCCCCGUGGCACCCCGCGAGGCGCGCCGAGGUGACGACGCCUACCAGGGCUGCCUGGCCCCCACCCGCCCGGAGCCACAGCCGACCACCGGCAGGACCUGUGUGCCGACCCCGCCCUCCAGACUCGGCGCCAGCCCAAGGAAGCCCCGAGGUGAUGCCAAGAAGUGCCGGAAGGUGUAUGGCAUGGAUCACAGGCACCUGUGGUGCACAGCCUGCCGCUGGAAGAAGGCGUGCCAGCGCUUCCUGGACUGAGCCCCCCCACCCCGCCCCCCGCCCCCGUGCCAGCGCUCCCUGGACUGAGCCCCCCUUCCCGCCCCCCGCCCCCCGCCCCCGUGCCAGCGCUCCCUGGACUGAGGGUCCCCCAUCCCGCCCCCCCCCAUGCCAGCACUCCCUGGACUGAGCCCCCCACCCCGCCCCCCGCCCCCCACCCCCGUGCCAGCGCUCCCUGGACUGAGCCCCCCUUCCCGCCCCCCGCCCCCCGCCCCCGUGCCAGCGCUCCCUGGACUGAGGGUCCCCCAUCCCGCCCCCCCCCAUGCCAGCACUCCCUGGACUGAGCCCCCCCAUGGCCCCUGCACCCCCCCACCUCUCUGUGUCCGCGCUCCCUGGACUGAGGCCCUCCCCGCCCCCACCCCCACCCGCACUUCCUGGACUGAGCCCCCCACCCACCCCCAUGCCCCACACCGUGCUGCUGCCUGCUCUCCAGGACUUUUUAAAGGAAAAAAUAAGCUACCCCCGACUCCCCAGCCUGGGGCUUCUCCCAGCUGCAGGGUCUACUUUUUAACAGUGGGGGAAGUUGGUGACCCUGGACCCCCAGAGGUUGGGGGGGAGGGGUUCUUGCCACUCAAAGUGCCUCUGAAGAAACCAGCCUUUUGCACUAAAGCCAACCUCACGGCCGUCCCCCUGGCCCCGGGUCCCUGGGGGUGGCUGCCCUCCCUGCCCGUCAGCCCGUGGACUUGUCAGGGUGCUGAGGCCGAACUUCAGCGCCUCGUGGGGGGGCCGGUCUGUGAUGCGGCCUGAGGGGAGGGGCCUCCUGCCUGCACUUAACCUGAUGGUUCCAGGGCCCCGGGGGCUGACCUUCGUCUCCUGUUUGUGAAGCUCAGGUGUCUCGAGUCUGGGCCAUACCAGGCGAGGAGAAAAAUUAAAGAUUUGGGGUUUUUCCAGAAA